GCGGGCGGCAGGAGGCGGGUGGGUCAAGGUGGCUCUAGGCUACAAGGUCCUUGCUAGGGGGUCUCGGGGAGCGCUUGGACCCCGGCUUCCGGGACGCGUCAGAAUAUUAUCCAGCAAUGCAGAUGAACAAACUAUAACUACACACAGCUGCAUGGAUAAAUGUCAGAAACAUGACAUUAAGUGCGAGAAGCCAGAUGCAAACGAGGACUCACUGUGCAAUUCCAUGCAUGUACAGUGGCCAGGAGAAGGGAGCGUUGGCUUUGCUUACAUCAGGCCAAAGAUGCCUUUCUUUGGGAAUACGUUCAGUCCGAAGAAGACACCUCCUCGGAAGUCGGCAUCUCUCUCCAACCUGCAUUCUUUGGAUCGAUCAACCCGGGAGGUAGAGCUGGGCUUGGAAUACGGAUCCCCGACUAUGAACCUGGCAGGGCAAAGCCUGAAGUUUGAAAAUGGCCAGUGGAUAGCAGAGACAGGGGUUAGUGGCGGUGUGGACCGGAGGGAGGUUCAGCGCCUUCGCAGGCGGAACCAGCAGUUGGAGGAAGAGAACAAUCUCUUGCGGCUGAAAGUGGACAUCCUGUUAGACAUGCUUUCAGAGUCCACUGCCGAAUCCCACUUAAUGGAGAAGGAACUGGAUGAACUGAGGAUCAGCCGGAAGAGAAAAUGAAGACCCCAGAGACAUUUAUUGGGGAGUAGGAUGUGGCUAAGUGCUUUUUUUUUUUUUUUUUUUUUUUUUGGCCAGACUAGCGGAUUCAGUCCUGGAAGAGAGUAUCAUAUAAUGGGACCCACAGGCACUGGCACCCUUGGGUUGGCAGUAGAAGGUGACAUGGAAUGGAGAAAACCAAGAUUCCAGAUGGGGAUAGUAACUAGAAGGUGCUUCAGAUGCACUGCCUGCGGAUGCCAGUCUGAAAACCAGACUGCACGGAGGCCUGGGGCUGCUCACGAGCUUUUUGGUGCUCUCCACACACAAGCUCACAAACACACAUGUCCCAGAAUAGCUUUGUUGGGCUCUGUUGGGAGAAGUGGCUGGAGUUCAUUCUCUCACCCCCUUACGUUGGUGUUUGGGGUGUGGCAGCGGUUCUACAGAGCUCUGUGUUGGGGGUCAUGCAUGAGUGGCUCUCUUGGCUCUUAAAGGCAGGCCUCUCUCUUCUUGCCUUUAAAGAAUCCUCCUUCCUCACACCUGGCCUCCUCUGGCUUCAGCUUCUCAGCAGCAAGCACCAGCCUUCUACAGCAACACUAUAUUUUUAUGCUACUUUCCUGUUUGCACUACUUUUUUAUUAAAGGAUGUUAAAUAAUCU